AUGAUUCCAGAUUGUGAGGCCGGUUCUCUGGGGAUCAAUUGUGCCAAUAAGAGUAUGCUGGAGACCGUCACCUACGCGAGGAAGAUUCAAACCAAGAGCCCCAGCCGGAAGCGUCUUCGUCUGCCUUCGAUUGUUGAUGGAGAUCCUGCAGCAUCGUUGCGAGGGGAGGAGGUGGAUUCGGCGGAGGAAGCCGUGGCCUCCGUCUUCGACGAGGCUUCCUCGUCUUCUUCCUGCUUCGCCAGCGAAGUCACCUUCGAAUCAGCCCCCUCCCUUGCGAGAUCGAAGCAUCCGAGGAAGCAAACAGGCUCCGCAACUCGCCCGAGGAAGACAGACCAGACGGUGAAAGAUCACCCCAACGAGGAGUUCCGCCGGAUCACGAGAUCUUACGCGAAGCAAAAGGAGAAACUCUGGGUGUCGGAAGCGAAGGUAGGGAACAGAGGCGGCUGGUUCAUCUUCUUCCCUGAUUCUUCCGGUGAGGCCAUUAUUAACUUUAACCAUAGGGACGCUUCCACGGUUCAGAAGGAAAAUAGCGUGGGGAAUGCCUUUUCCGGCUUCACGACGUCCGAGAUGUCUGACGUUUCCGGAGAAUUUUGCGAUGAAAAUCGCAACGGUGUGUCCAGAUCGAGAGUUGGGAGCCAUGAGGCCCCGGAAAUCUCGGACUCGCCAGGACGUGAGUCAAUUUCUAUGGCCAGCUCUCGAGAAUUCGCCGUAUCAUCUUAUGUAUCUCAAAGGCUGGACCAAAGCAAUCUCGCGCGCGUCGCCGACCUUGCGUGCUCGGAGAAUUUAUCAAAUAGUGAGGACAGUCCCAACGAUUCGUGCAGGGCGCCGACGCUCUCAGAAUUCGGAUCGGAUCUCCUCCAUAGGAGCUCCAAAGGAGUUUUCUCCGGUUACACGUCGUCACUUGUCUACGAAUCCUCUGAUGAUUGCUUAGAGAGACCGGACGAGAACUCCGCUCCAUCUUUCUUAUCUCUGUUCCUUAGUUUGGGUUCAGAAUUCUGCCCUUCCAGCUCGCCCAAAGAGUCUUCGGAGCAUGAAGAUGAGUAUGCGCACGAGUUUACGGUAAUUGCUUAUUCAGUUUCAGUAUCAUUUUCAAAAUUGAUUUCGGUAAGCGUAGGACGGUUUUGCUGUUAAUUCGGUAUCCACUCCCCCGUGUAUCCAGUUGUUGAGGUUUGAAAGCCGUGAUGACGAGGAGAGCUAUGAGAUGUUCCGUAGCAGGGAGAGGAGUCAGGCCAUGCUUCACGACUACACCGAAGAAUACAGCUCCAGAACGGAUUUUGGCGAUCUCAUAAUUCAUCAGCGGCUGGUUAUGGUUAAUUGGAUGGUGGAGGUGAGCAUUUUCAUUCAUCUUGGAUGACGAUUAAUUGGAUGGUUAAUCGGAUUUGCCUGAUGAACAAAGACGCUUGAUCUUGAGUCGCUAGUUUUUAUUAAUUUUAGAAUGACUUUUCAUCUUUCAUUCAAAUUACUCGUCAACAGUUGGUGGUUUAUCCUAUCUUUCUCCCACCCUUCUCUGCCGAUACGUCACCCUAUGUCUGUUUCUUUCGGACUUCCCAGCAUGCGAACAUAGAGGAGCUCCAGUGUGAGACAUUGUUCCUCGGGGUGAGCUUGAUGGACCGAUUCCUGAGCAGAGGAUUCUUCAAAACCGAGAGGAACCUGAAGCUUCUUGGUAUUGCUUGCAUCAUCCUCGCCACUAGGCUGGAAGAAAACCAGCCCUAUAACUGGUAUUCCUAACUUCACUCUCCUUACACGUUCAUUAUAGAUGCGGAAAAUCUGUUGAAAUAUCGUGAUGCCUUGCAGCAGUAUCCUCUAUUUCAUUGACAUCGUCCCUGGCACGUAUUUAGAUAAAAAAAUCCUAGCAGAGUAAUUCUGUUUAUUUCGUCUCCUACUUGAACGAUGCUAAGCAGUCAAUCCCUGCACUGAAGUUCAGAAUGACGGGAUUAAUGCUUUUUUAAGCUUUAAAUCCAUGGAUCACGAAAACUGUUUCGGUCACGCACCCGGCUUCUAUGCGCUAUUCUCGGAAUUUAGUGGACUUGUAGCGCAGAAUGCAUCUUCCCAAAGGAUUCUAACUGUUUCCUCACCGUUAACCAGCGUGAGGCAGAAAUCCUUCUACGUGCGGGGCAUUACGUACAGCAGGUGCGAAGUAGUGGCCAUGGAAUGGUUCGUCCAGGAGGUCCUAAAUUUCCAAUGUCUCCAUCUCACCAGCUUCAACUUCUUAUGGUACUACCUCGCUGCCUUAUUUUGCCGAAGUUUCUCUCACGGAAUGGUGCUAAUAAAUUUCGAACGACCGUGCCGACCCUUUGUAGGUUUUAUCUCAAGGCGGCGAAAGCAAACGUAGCCGUGGAAAAACUGGCCAAGUACCUCGCAGUGUUGUCCCUCCUGGACCACGAGAGACUCACCUUCUGGCCCUCCACCGUGGCAGCCGGCGUGGUCAUCCUCGCCUCUCUCGCUACAGAUCAAGACGACUCCUGCAACCGGGUCAUGGAGGUGACUUUCACCCUCACCCUCUCACUUCACCCGUGGACCAAGUGGAAGUCUAACCUGAGGCGCUUACUGCGUUGUUAGCAGACGCACGUGCGGACGAGGAAUGACGACCUAUCCGAAUGCAUACAGGUCUGCUUUCGUACUUCCUGCAUCAUUACCAACUUGCCCACUUUCAGAGACUUGACGACAUACCGGGGAACGUCUCUCCGGACAUCUCGCAGAGUCUGGAGUGGCUGGUGAAAUACGCGUACUAG